AUGCCCGCACACCUCAACCAUGAAGAGUUCUUCACCUCCCUAACCACCCUCCUAACGACCACCUCCCAAAAAGCCCGCGGCUCCGUCUACCUCACCCAAAAGCCCUGGAUCAACACCGACAACUCCCAAGACCAACAACAACAACAGCCAGCAAUCCUCAUCCGCGCGACAGACGGCAACACCGGCGCCCCGAACCCGAAGAAAGUGAAGACCGACAAGAAGACGGCGGCCGGCGCGGCCUCCAAGAAAGUCAAGCUGUCGACGGUGGUGAGCCCGGAGGAGUUGGAGGCGUUCUACACCCGGUAUGCGGAGGUGUGCAAGGCCGGGAUGACGGGGUUGAAGAAGCGGGAUCGCAGUAAGAAGAAGACUGCCAAGGGGAAGGCUGCGGGGAAGGUGCAGAAGGCUUGA